AAAACAAAAGAAAACAAUUGCACAAUGCUCGACAUCGAAACCUACGUGAUCUCCCCCGAGCUCACCCCCGGCCUCGUCCACGCCGACAACCUCACCGAAGAAAGCGCCAAAACAACCGCCGACCUGCUCAAGCACAACAAUGAGUACUUCCACAUCUUCUUCACCAUGGAAGACCACAUGGGUGUCUACCUGCACAACCACAUCGCGCACCACGACCUCACCAUCUGGGCCAUGGGCGCCACCCCGGACGUGCUGAAGUCGCAACACUACCGCAACGCACUGUACCAGCGUCCGUCGUUCGCCAUCGUGCCGCCCGUCGUGCAGGACCUCGAGGACGAAGCGGUCUUCAAGCGCUGUCUCGGCAAGGAAGAGCACUUCCGGAACUUCGAGCGCUUCUUCCUCGCCCAGAUCAAGAAACUCGGGUAUCAGGCGGUGCUGCAGAAGUUUCUGGUCGGGGGGUCGGAUCUCGCGAAUGAGAUGCUUUCUCACAUUUAUAUGGGCUACGUCCACGGCCUCAUCCACAUCGGCCUGGCCCUCGAAUUCAAGCAGCCGCUGCUCCUCGCAGAAGGCCUCGCCCAGGCCGCAUCACACCACGACUGGUGGUACACCGAGUACCUGAACGCCGCGGAGAAACUAGCGUCAGAAGCGCAGGAGUCGCCCCUCCCCCUCGCCGACCUGAUGGACAUGGAGCGCGCCGACCCCAAGAUCAGCACCUGCUCGAGCCUGGACUUCCACACGCAGACGCGCAAGUUCUCGGGCCGCUGGUCCAUGGAUAAGGAGAUUGCGCGGGACGGCGUACUUCCGAACGCGGGGAAGGAGUUGCUGCGCCUGGCGGCGAGGUGGAGGGUUGACCCGGAGAAUUUAGAGAAACAUACGGCGGAACUGGUUAAUGCUGCCUGCUACAUAACCGCCGGCGCCCAACGCCCGCCUUACCAAUGUACCUUCGACUUCUGGAUCCUGCACACCCUGACCGGCAGCAUCGGACACGUCUCAUUCCUGAACGAGCCGUCACUCAGCAAAGCGCAGAAAGCGCGUCUCAUCGAAUGGAGCGGACGCUGCUUCAUGAUGACCUACGCGGGACUGGGCGUUCCCCAGCUGCGACUCGACUAUCUGAGCGCGCACCGAUCGAAACUUCCCGACCAGACGUGGGCGACGGUGUUUGAGCGCGCAACCCGCCACGAGGACGACGGACACAUGGCGAAGAUGAUCCGGUCGACGAGGCUGUGCGAGGAGAUCUCGCGGCCGUAUGACCAUCUGCCGGAGUUUCGGGUCAAGCAGGGGAUGUUUCUGACGGCGGGGAUUGCGAUGAUUGAUUCGGCGAGUGACAAGCCGAUGGAGUGGACGAAGCAUUGGGAUUUUGUGAGGGGGGCGGGCUGGGAGGAGGCGUGGACGAGGUUUCCGAAGAGGGAUUAUUAGAUUCUUCUUUCAUGUUUGCUGAUGGUGAAAGAUAAGGGAUGGGUUGGUUAUGUUCAUGUGUGUUCAUGUCUGUCUAUGUUCUCAAUAUAUGUAC